AUGGAACGAAGUAUGGAAAAUAAAUAUCGUUCUUUUAAAGCUAUACCAUUAGCUCCUAUAUAUUAUCCAACUGAGGAAGAAUUUAAAUCACCUAUUGAUUAUAUUAGAAAAAUUAAACCUGAAGCUGAACAGUAUGGUGUUAUAAAAAUUGUACCACCAUCUUCAUUUAAACCACCAUUUGUUAUUGAUGAAAAUAAAUUUAAAUUUAAACCAAGAAAUCAAAAUAUAGGAGAAAUUGAUAUGAUGAGGAGAGCUAAAUCACAAUUUCAAGAAAGACUUGAUUAUUUUUAUAGUUAUCAGGGUAAAACAUAUAAACAAAUGACUGUUGAUGGAAAAAGUAUAGAUUAUUUUUGGUUAUACAAAUUAGUAAAAAAUUUGGGUGGUUAUGAGGAAUGUUGUAUACAAAAAAAUUGGGGAAAAAUAUCACAAUAUUGUGGUUUUAAAGCAAGUCAAAGUGGUAGAUUUAAGGAAGCUUAUUUUAAAGUAUUAGUUUCUUUUGCUGAAAGUAUGAAAAAAAUGAAUAAAUAUGCUGAGGAACAAUCUAUAACUAAUGUUGAUAUUAUACGUGAUUUUUCAAAUUUUGUUGAACCAAGACAGGCACCUGGUAGGAUGAUGGCAGGAUUACGAUCUAAAGAACAUUGUCCAUCAUUACCUAAAAAACCUAAAAGAGAAUCAAAAUGUUGUUAUUGUUGUCAUAAAAAUGAAAAUGAAAAAUGUAUAAUGAUAUGUGAAGAUUGUAGUAAAGUAUGUCAUAGUUAUUGUUUUGAUCCAAAACAAAAGAAACCUGGUACAAAUGAAUGGAAAUGUAUUGAAUGUAUUGAAAAAUCAUUAAUAUCAAUUGGUUCUUCUUAUGGUUUUGAGGAAUCACGUGAAGCAUUUACUUUAAAAGAAUUUAAAGAAUAUUGUGAUGAUUUUAAAAAAAAAUAUUUUUGUGUAAACAAUUUAAGUACUAUUUCUAUACAAGAAAUUGAAAAAGAAUACUGGAAAAAUGCAAUUAAUCAAAAUUCUGUCUCUGUUAAAUAUGGUGCUGAUUUAUCAGCAGGAAUUUAUGGUAGUGGAUUUCCUAGAGAAAGUGCAAAAGAUAAAUGUAAUAAAAAUGUUUCUUUAAAAGAUUUUAAUGAAUAUCUUAAACAUCCUUGGAAUAUAAAUAAUAUACCAUAUCUAGAAGAAACUGUAUUAAAAUAUAUUGGAGUUGAUAUAUCUGGUAUGAUAGUACCAUGGAUUUAUGUUGGAAUGGCUUUUUCAACAUUUGCUUGGCAUACAGAAGAUCAUUGGAUGUAUUCAAUUAAUUAUCAUCAUAAAGGUGAUACAAAAGUAUGGUAUGGAGUUUCAGGAUUAGAUGGUGAAAAAUUUGAUAAUAUUGCAAAACAACUUGUACCAGAAUUAUUUCAAUGUCAACCAGGAAUUAUGCAUACAUUAACACUUGUUAUUAAUCCAAAUAUAUUAAUAGAAAGAGGACUUAAAGUUACUACAGUUCAUCAAAAUGAAGGUGAAAUUGUAGUUACAUAUCCUAGAGCCUAUCAUGCAGGUUUUAAUUGUGGUUUUAAUGUUGCAGAAGCUUGUAAUUUUGCCCCAGCUGAUUGGUUAAUUUAUGGUAGAAAUUGUAUUGAUCAUUAUCAAUCUAUAAAACGCCAUUGCGUAUUUGCUCAUGAUGAGUUAAUUUAUAAUCUUUAUAAACAUAUUGAUGAGUUAGGAUCUCAUUUAAUAAUUGCCAUUUAUAAUGAAUUAAAAAUAAUGGCUGAUAAAGAAGAUGAAUUAAGAAAACAUGUUUAUAAAUUAGGUAUAAAACAUGAAGAGACUGUUUUAUUUGAAAAAAUAAAUGAUAAUUUAAGAGAAUGUAAAAUUUGUGGUACAACGUGUUUUUUAUCAGCAUUGGUAUCUAAAAAAGAAAGUGAAAAAUAUUUUGUAUGUUUAGAGCAUGCAGAUGAAUUAGUUAAAAUUUUACCAACAAAAGAUUUAGUUUUAAAAACAAGGCUUUCACUUGAAAAAAUUGAAACAAUUCUUUCAGAUGUUGAUAGAAAAAUUAAAUCCUUAACUAGUCAAUAA